CGCCCGCCCGCCGCCCGCCCGCCCGCGCCGCUCGCCGCCGCAGCCCCGGGCCCGGGGAUUAUGCUCGAGCCAUGAGGCGGCUGCGGCGCUGCGCGACCGCGGCGCUGCUGCUGCUGCUGCCGCUGCUCCCGGCGCUCGGUUUCUGCGCCCAGGCUACUGUCGGAGCGCUGCGCUUUAAGGUGUCCCCCCAACUGCGGAGCCCGGACGCCCCCGAGGUCACCGAGCCUAGCAGGCUGGUGGGGAAAAGCUCCGGGGGAGAGGUCCGACGGCAGCAGCUGGACACCAGGGUCCGCCAGGAGCCGCCGGGGGGCCCGCCUGUCCACCUGGCCCGGGUGAGCUUCGUCAUCCCAGCUUUCAGCUCCAACUUCACACUGGACCUGGAGCUCAACCACCACCUCCUCUCCUCCCAGUACGUGGAGCGUCACUUCAGCCGGGAGGGGCCCUCCCAGCACAGCACCGGGGCUGGGGACCACUGCUACUACCAGGGGAGGCUCCGGGGGAACCCCCACUCCUUUGCCGCGCUCUCCACCUGCCAAGGGCUACAUGGGGUCUUCUCCGAUGGGAACUUCACCUACAUCGUGGAGCCCCGCGAGCUGGCUGAGCCUUGGAAAGCCCCCCAGGGACCCCUCCCACACCUCAUCUACCGGAUCCCUCUCCUUCCAGCUCCCUUUGGGUGCCAGGAACCAGGCUGCCUGUUUGCUGCCCCUGCCCGGCCUCCUGCAGACCUGCCCAGGCUGAGAAGGAAAAGGCAGGUCCGCCGGGGCCACCACACGGUGCACAGCGAGACCAAGUACGUGGAACUGAUCAUCAUCAACGACCACCAGCUGUUCGAGCAGAUGCGACAGUCCGUGGCUCUCACCAGCAACUUCGCCAAGUCCGUGGUAAACCUGGCAGAUAUGAUGUACAAGGAGCAGCUCAACACCCGCAUCGUGCUGGUCGCCAUGGAGACGUGGGCAGACGGGGACAAGAUCCAGGUGCAGGAUGACCUGCUGGAGACCCUGGCCCGCCUCAUGGUCUACCGGAGGGAGGGUCUGCCGGAGCCCAGUGAUGCCACCCACCUCUUCUCGGGCAGAACGUUCCAGAGCACCAGCAGCGGGGCCGCCUACGUGGGGGGCAUCUGCUCGCUGUCCAGGGGUGGCGGGGUGAACGAGUACGACAACAUAGGGGCCAUGGCAGUGACGCUGGCCCAGACGCUGGGGCAGAACCUGGGCAUGAUGUGGAAUAAUCACCGGAGCUCAGCAGGUGACUGCAAGUGUCCAGACAGCUGGCUGGGUUGCAUCAUGGAGGACACCGGGUUCUAUCUGCCCCGCAAGUUCUCCCGCUGCAGCAUCGACGAAUACAACCAGUUUCUGCAGGAGGGCGGCGGGAGCUGCCUCUUCAACAAGCCCCUCAAGCUCCUGGACCCUCCGGAGUGCGGGAACGGCUUCGUGGAGGCGGGCGAGGAGUGCGACUGCGGCUCGGUGCAGGAAUGCAACCGCGCCGGCGGGAACUGCUGCAAGAAAUGCACCCUGACGCACGACGCCAUGUGCAGCGACGGGCUCUGCUGUCGCCGCUGCAAGUACGAGCCGCGGGGUGUGUCCUGCCGAGAAGCGGUGAACGAGUGCGACAUCGCAGAGACCUGCACCGGGGACUCGAGCCAGUGUCCCCCGAACCUGCACAAACUGGAUGGGUACUACUGUGAUCAUGAACAGGGCCGCUGCUACGGGGGCCGCUGCAAAACCCGGGAACGGCAGUGCCAAGCGCUCUGGGGCCAUGGGGCCGCCGACCGCUUCUGCUAUGAGAAGCUGAACGUGGAGGGGACAGAACGGGGGAACUGUGGGCGCAAGGGGUCAGGCUGGGUCCAGUGCAAUAAACAGGACGUGCUCUGCGGCUUCCUCCUCUGCGUCAACAUCUCUGGAGCCCCUCGGCUGGGAGACCUGGGGGGAGACAUCAGCAGUGUCACCUUCUAUCAUCAGGGCAAGGAGCUGGAUUGCAGGGGUGGCCAUGUGCAGCUGGCUGACGGCUCCGACCUGAGCUACGUGGAGGACGGCACAGCCUGUGGCCCCAACAUGCUGUGCCUGGCCCACCGCUGCCUUCCUGCCUCCGCCUUCAACUUCAGCACCUGCCCUGGCAGCGGGGAGCGGCGUGUCUGCUCCCACCACGGGGUCUGCAGCAACGAAGGGAAGUGCAUCUGUCAGCCUGACUGGACGGGCAAAGACUGCAGCAUCCACAACCCUCUGCCCACGCCGUCACCCACGGGGGAGACAGAGCGCUACAAGGGUCCCAGUGGCACCAACAUCAUCAUCGGCUCCAUCGCCGGCGCCGUCCUGGUCGCGGCCAUCGUGCUGGGUGGCACGGGCUGGGGAUUUAAAAACAUCCGCCGAGGAAGGUACGACCCGACCCAGCAGGGGGCAGUGUGACGCCGGCCACGUCAUCCCUCCCGCUGUCCCUGUGUCCCAUCUCAUCCGUCACCGCAUUCUGUGGAUGGGGAGCUGGGGGCCGACCCCCGCUGCUGUCACUCCGGGGGUGGGAGAAGCCGCUCCCGGAAGACGUCUCCCUUGGCCUGCCCCCACCUUCGUCCCUCCCGCCCUCCCCGGGGUCAGACCCCCCCACCCCGGCCAGAUGGAGCUGGGCACUGUGUCCCCCACAGUCCGGCCCCGGGGCAGGGCGCCCCCCUCUGCGUCCCAUCUGUCGUGUGUUCCAUGUCGCCGCUGUCUGACCUCCCACCAGACCCCUCCCUGGCCAGCCUGUGACUUGCUGUCCCCGGCCCAGCACGGACCCACCAGGGCCUGGCUCGGGGGCGCCCCCUCUGGGCCUGCCUCCUGCCCCGCGCCCCUGACACCCCGUCUCCG